GAAGUCUGAGAAGCACUUCCUGUCUGAGAGUCUAUAAUCUUUCUUCACGUCUUAUGGAUCACAGGCUUCCCAUUUGAGAUAUCAGAACCAAAGGCUGAAAUUCCUCAAGGAGUCACCCGGGAGCAAACUGACCAGCUGAAGGGAGUGACACAUCUGUAUUCCACCCACUCUCUCCCUCUUUGCUCAUCCUUACCCUCUCCUCACGUGCUCAUAGGCACUUAUGCAGAAGUCAUCCCUGUGACUCUGCCAAAGACCAGCCUAUUGGUUUUGUAGGGGGAGGAAAAAAAGAAUAAAAGAAGCUGCAGGCAAAGUUACAGCACUGAAAUUGUCAUCUUGGAAAAGUGAAGUCGAAAAGUGUGGCACAAUGAAUGGACCUGUGGAUGGCUUGUAUGACCAUUCUCUAAAUGAAGAAGGAGCCUUCAUGUUUACAUCAGAGUCUGUAGGAGAGGGGCAUCCAGAUAAGAUCUGUGACCAGAUUAGUGAUGCGGUGCUGGAUGCCCAUCUCAAGCAAGACCCCAAUGCCAAGGUGGCCUGUGAGACAGUGUGCAAGACAGGUAUGGUGCUGCUGUGUGGGGAGAUCACCUCAGUGGCCAUGGUCGACUACCAGCGGGUGGUGAGAGACACCAUCAAGUACAUCGGCUAUGACGACUCUGCCAAGGGUUUCGACUUCAAGACCUGCAAUGUGCUAGUGGCUCUGGAGCAACAGUCCCCAGAUAUUGCCCAAUGUGUCCAUCUAGAUAGAAAUGAAGAGGAUGUCGGUGCAGGAGAUCAGGGACUGAUGUUUGGCUAUGCCACAGAUGAGACAGAAGAAUGUAUGCCCCUCACCAUUGUCCUGGCCCACAAACUUAACACCCGGAUGGCAGAACUAAGGCGCUCUGGUGUCCUUCCCUGGCUGAGACCUGAUUCUAAAACUCAGGUGACAGUUCAGUACAUGCAGGAUAAUGGUGCAGUCAUCCCUGUGCGCAUCCACACCAUCGUCAUCUCCGUGCAACACAAUGAAGACAUAACUCUGGAGGCCAUGCGAGAAGCCCUGAAGGAACAGGUGAUCAAAGCUGUAGUGCCAGCCAAGUACCUGGAUGAAGACACCAUCUACCACCUGCAACCCAGUGGGCGGUUCGUCAUUGGAGGCCCCCAGGGAGAUGCAGGUGUCACAGGCCGCAAGAUUAUUGUGGACACAUACGGAGGCUGGGGUGCUCAUGGUGGCGGUGCCUUCUCAGGAAAGGACUACACCAAGGUGGACCGCUCAGCAGCCUAUGCUGCCCGCUGGGUGGCCAAGUCCCUGGUGAAGGCUGGCCUGUGCAGGAGAGUACUCGUUCAGGUGUCCUAUGCCAUUGGUGUGGCAGAACCGCUGUCCAUUUCCAUCUUCACCUAUGGGACCUCCAAGAAGACCGAGCGGGAGCUGCUAGAGGUGGUGAACAAGAACUUCGACCUCCGGCCCGGUGUUAUUGUUAGGGACUUGGACCUGAAAAAGCCCAUCUACCAGAAGACUGCGUGCUAUGGCCAUUUUGGGAGGAUGGAGUUUCCCUGGGAGGUCCCCAAGAAGCUUGUGUUCUAGAGCUGGUGGGAUGUUUGGCUUUGUUCCAUAGUCUCUUCUUGUCCAGGAUCUCAACUCCCAUGUCUCCUAGCCUCUCUCAGAGUUCUGUUUCCUCUCUCUCUCUCAGGGCAAAGCCAGCUUCUUCUCAUUUUUCCUAUCUAGCAAUUUGCAAACAUCUCAUGGAUGACAUAGAAAGUGGCUAUCUGGUGUGAGGUUAUCAGGUCUCCUUGCAAAGAUAAUCAGUGUUCCCCCUGUCUGUCCCUCAGAUAAUGACAGUGUUGAUUUUGUGAAAAUGUCACCUCUGUCAGGUAUGGAGUUGCCCCUCAACUCCUCCCGUAGUCUGAACCUGACUAGGCCAUCUCUUCCUCCCUCCUGGGCAUCUGCCACAUAUAAUAUGGUCAGUGUCCCCUGAACGUUUGCACUGUGUGAGGGACUGAGCUGUGGACUCUUCACCACAGCACAAUAAGGUGGCAUCUUUAUUAUCCAUAUUAACAGAUGAGGAAACUGAGGUACAGAGAGUCCAUGGAGCUCUCACAAGUUCCCACAGCCACAUGUAUCAGAGCAAAGAAGUGGAUUUGGGGUUUUGACUCUGUAACUGUCACAUCUGCAUCCCAAACCAGAUGUUGGUCCGAGUGAUGACCAAGUGGGUUGACUUGAGGCUGCAGCCUCUUAUUUAAGGCCCAUGUGUCCUGGGAAUUAGGAGAUGAACCCAUUGUCUAUUGGUAAGCCCUGGUCAGUGUCCCAGGAAGUCAAUAUGGAAACAUAGAAGAGGGUUCAAGGCAAGCUUGAUAUCUUGGCCUAGGAAGGUGGGCUGGAGUUUGGAACUAAGAAAAAGCUUCAUGGUCCUAGCUCCCAUCAUUCAAAGGCAUGGUGUCUAAUCAUAGACAGCUCCAUGUGUUUCCCUCUCCAUAGAGGAGAGGCGAUAGCUUGUUGCAGCACAGGCAACCAACCUCUGAUAGGGGACCCUGCCCACCUCUUCUUCCCUGGACCCUUAUGCUUACUCAGUCUAAAUGCUCCUUGGGAAGUGAAUGCUCCAGGUGCAGAGUCAGCCUCCAAGCAGUGGACAAGUUACCCAAGAUCUCAUAAGAGCUGGCUUUAACCAGGUAGUUUUUGUGGCCUCUGUCUGUCUACCAGGGUCCUGGAAGCUAUAUGUUCCUAUGCUGUCCCAUCAUGAUCAGUACCACUUAUCCAACCUCUCCCUAGCUGGGGCCUCCCCACAGCAGACCCUCUGCUAGCUCCUAGGAACAUGGGUUCAGGAAGGGACCUGGCUCACAGUGCUGUUUCUGCUGGGAGAAGGGCUCAGCAGCUUUACCAAGGAGCAGAUGCCUUUAAUCUGUGCUUUGACUAGACCACAAAGAGCCCGGUUUUUUCCCCUUCCACCAACGUGAGGAAUAGCAGGGGGAAAGUUCAAAUGGCCAAAAAUUCCUGGAGCUGUGUGUAGCUUAGAAGCUUGGGUCUCUCCAUGGGGUUCUCGGUUGUCUGGAGCAAAGUUCCUCAUAGCAGAGGGAAGGAUAAGUGUGCAGAUGGCUGAGUUCCUGUAAUUUUAGCUGUAUCUAAAUAAAAAUCCAGAAUUAUAUACUUCCCCUAACCCUCAUACUAAUGAGACUCUUCUUUCAAUGUUUCGUAUAAAACAAAGCCGACACUUGUUACUAUUACCUGAUAGUAUGGUGAAUAAAAAACUCAAGGAGCAA